AUGUUUUAUAAAAAUUUCGAAAGAACAGAAAUUACAUUAUUUAUAAUUGUUUUCAAUUUGCUAUUGAGAGAGAGCUGGGCGAAUAAAGAUCUAGUAUGCACAAGAAGAUUAAUUAAUGGGAAAAAAGUACUUCAUUGUAGAGAAUCAUGUAAAGGUGGUUGUCCGAACGGAACAUGCAAUCAUAAAACGCGCCAAUGUGUCUGCUGGCCCGGUUUUAAGAAACAAGAAGAACGGUGUGUUUCACUAUGUUCUGAAGCAUGUCCUGCCAAUGCUAAUUGCAUAGGGGAUAAUAACUGUCACUGCAUUGAUGGUUAUGAGGAACACAUUGACAAUAAUAAAACUAAAACUUGUAUGCCGAAAUGCAGUUUCGAUUGUGGAAUAUUUACUGAAUGCGUAGCUCCAAAUAAGUGUGAUUGUAUCGAUGGAUAUGUAAUGGAUAUAAAGGAUAAAGUAUGUAAGCCAUUUUGUGCAGAAUGCACAAAAAAUGCUGAGUGUGUAGCACCCGACGUUUGCCAAUGUAAAGAUGGAUACCACAAUGAGACGAACUUAUGCCUUCCAACGUGUACUAAGGGGUGUGGCGAGUUUGCUCAAUGCAUUGAUGUGAACAAAUGUGAAUGUAAAGAUGGCUAUACAUAUGAAAAUGAUCAAUGUCGACCAAUUUGCAAGAAUGAUUGCGGCGAAAAUGCUUAUUGUAGAGAACCCGAUAUUUGUGACUGCUCACCAGGAUAUGCCAAUCAUUCGGGAAUUUGUGAACCUGUUUGUAUAGAUGAAUGUGCUGAGAAUGCAAAGUGUGUGGCACCGAAUCUUUGUGAUUGCAAUAAGGGCUAUCGGAGUGUGACGAUAAGUGUGUUCCAGUUUGUUCAAAACAAUGCCCAAAAUUCAGAAUGCAAGCAACCUGAGAACUGUAUUUGUAAUGUGGAUAUAGUAUGA